GUUUAUAGCCGUUGGAGUCUCCCUCUUUCCUUCUCUCUUGCUACAGAGCAGAGCAAUUUCAAUGGCGACCGGCCAAGAUCCCAACUUUUCUCCGUCUACCAAUUCCAAUCCAACCGAUUCCUCUUCUCUGAAGCGGAAAAGACCCCCAAGCCUCGAAAUACCGACCGUCCUCCGAGAAGUUCGCACCCACACGCCUCCAAACGACGUCUUCUCUUUUGCCGGACUCGGAGUCGCCGUUUUCUCCCGCAAAGGCAAGAAAAAGUCCAUGGAAGACACGCACAGGAUCUUUUCUUGCUUCCGAGGCAACUCCGACAAAAGAUUUUUCGGCGUCUAUGAUGGACAUGGGGGUAAGAAGGCGGCGGAGUUUGUCGCCGAGAAUUUGCAUAACAAUGUUCUUGAAAUGAUGGAGAAUUGUAAAGAGAAAGAUGAGGCUGUUAAAGCUGGGUAUCUGAAAACAGAUCAGGACUUCUUGAAGCAGGGUUUAAGCAGCGGUGCGUGCUGCGUCACGGCUGUGAUAGAAGGAGAGGAGGUUGUCGUUUCAAACUUGGGAGAUUGCAGGGCUGUUCUGUUUAGAGGUGGGGUGGCUGAACCUCUCACAAAAGAUCACCGAGUGGAACAAGAAGAUGAACGAAAAAGAAUAGAAAAUAAGGGAGGAUAUGUGGAAAUCCACCGAGGAGCGUGGCGAGUUCACGGCCUACUAACUGUUUCUAGAAGCAUCGGAGACGCUCACCUGAAGAAUUGGGUGCUUGCUGAGCCUGAAACAAAGAUCCUGCAACUCACUCCAGAUAUGGAGUUCCUAGUUUUAGCCUCUGAUGGACUAUGGGAAAAGGUUGGCAACCAAGAAGCCGUUGAUACAGUGAAACGGUUAUGUUCAGCUGAGAAAAAAAUGGGAUCCUCAGGAUGUUGUCCGAAGGAUAAUGAUAGUGACUAUGUUGGUUGUGCUAAUGUGAGCCCUUCAUCAAAGUUACGUAGGAUCUCUCUGUUUAAUAAGAAGCAGGCAAAAGGGUUGAUGAGUCGGUUUUCAAGCCACAAGAAGGACACUACUAGCUGGAUAGACAGUGAAAAUGACUUCCUCAGCAAAAAAGAAAGCCCUCCAUCGAAGUCACAAAGAAUAUCGAUGCUAAAGCAAGUGAACACGAAGAUGGAAUCGCCCACUAAGGAGAACAGCGACUAUGAUAGCAAGAAGAACACUUGUAGCUGGGGAGACAGUGAAAAUGACAUUGUCGCUGAAAACGAAGGCCCUCCAUCGAAGUCGCGAAGAAUAUCACUGGUAAAGCGAGUGAGCAUGAAGACGGAAUCUCCCACUAAGGAGAACAAUGGAUAUAAUAACAAGAAGAGGCCCGAAUCUGAUGGACUCGUGGCUGCUUGUAAGGAGCUUGUGAACCUUGCUGUGAGUAGGGGUGGUCUUGAUGACAUUACUGUAAUGAUAAUUAAUCUUAACCAUUUCAAACUCAACAGGUUAAUCCCGGCUUGUUUUUCGUCCGGCGAGAGGCCACAGGUCGAUGAUCAAGCGGCGGUAGUAAGGUCGGGCCAAAGCCUGUUCAUGUCGGUGUACCGGACAAAGAUAGCCGGCCGGUGUCGUCUUAUCACAAUCACUUGGUGCAAGAAUUUGCUUCUCCGAGGCCUAUCUGUGUCCAUUCAAGGGCAAGAGGAAGAUCAUCAGUACAAGCUUGAGCUGAAGCCUUGGUACUUCUGGAGAAAACAAGGCGACAAGCAAUUUGUACUUGAUGGUACGACUGUUAAUGUUGUCUGGGACUUGAAAGCCGCCAAGUUCAACGGAGAAACCGAGCCGCAAUCCGAUUACUACGUUGCCAUCGUGUGCGAAGAAGAAGUGGUCUUACUGGUUGGUGAUCUGAAGAAAGAUGCGUUUAGGAAAACUGGUUGUCGACCCUCGCUUUUAGACCCCAUUUUGGUGUCGAGAAAGGAGCAUUUGUUUGGGAAGAAGAAGUUUUCAACGAGAGUGAAGUUUCAUGAGAGGGAAGAUUUUCAUGAGAUUUUGAUCGAGUGUAAUAACAGUAACAUAAACACUCCUACUUAUGAAAACAAUACUGGUUUUUCGGAUCCGGAGUUGGAGGUGAAAAUAGAUGGGAAGCUAGCUCUUCAUGUCAAGCAUCUUCAUUGGAAAUUUAGAGGUAAUGAGUCAGUUUAUUUGACCAGAAGUAGUACUAAAGUUGAAGUGUUCUGGGAUGUUCAUGACUGGCUUUUUAGCUCUGGCACAAGGCAUGGUAUGUUCAUAUUUAGUCCUAUAUCAUCGUCGCCGUCGCCGUCGGUGUUGCUCGGUGAUCAGGAAGUGAAUUCUGAUAAUCAGUGUGAAGAUUCUGCUGGUGGGUCAUCUAGAUUUUCCUUGUUUGUGUAUGCUUGGAAGGUAGAAUGAAGGUGUAGUGUAUGUUUCCUAAGUCUUUAGCAAGGGUCAUUGUUGUCUAGACUACUAGUCACUUUUACGUAUCAUGGCAAGGAUUUAAAGAUGGGAAUGAUGGGUUUGUGCAUUUUAGUGUAUAAAAUGUGUUGAGUGUAACAAAGGAGAACAAGAUGGGAUGAAGAAGGUGAUAAGGAUGAGAAAGCACAUGGGCACCCAAAAAGGAUUUUUGGGAGUAUGCUUGCUUGAAUUAGGUAUUUAUUUAUAUUAUGGACAUGAUUGGACAAGCCAGAUAGGAUCGUGUAUAGGUCAAAUAAUCCUUGUGUGCCUACCCAUUACAAUUCCGAGUUCAUAAUUGCUCUAUCAUCUCUGUAGAUGUCUAUUCCCUUUUUCUUUGAUGGCUCUCCA